GUAAUAAUUAUUUUUUAGUUAAAAAUGUAUAAAAUGUUCAACUUUUAUAGCUAAGGAUUGAAAAUUUAAAACAAGGUUUCGCGUAAGUAGGUUACCUAUUCUGUAACCAAAAAAUCUCAAAAAUAUAAAUACACAGUUUUUUAUAGUUAUUUUAUGUUCAAAUUUGGUCGACUUUACAUAUUAAAUAACCAAAAAUAACGAUUUUAGUUAUUUUGUUGUAAUUUUGUAUUAUCAAUUCAAUUUACCGGCUACCGUAUAAAUAAUAAGUAAUAACGAUAUAAAUAUUAUAUAUUUACAAAUAUCCACACUGACAACCCGUCUCCACUCAGAAUCGUUUUUCGUAUAGGUAUACAUUGAUAUUAUAUCAUAGAAUUCAAAAUUUUAUAUAACCUACUGAAGAGCGACAUCCACUUACCCACCUUUUUUUCUUCAAAUUAAUAUCAUCCUUGUUCAGUUAUUCCCUGUAAAUUGUUAGCUAGAUGACUAUUUUUAAAAUGUUGAUGUAUCAACAAGGACUAUCUUUAUUAGUAUAAAAAUAUUAAUAACUCACAAACUCGUUCAAAUUUUGAUUUAGAUGUGUCUAUAUUUUCAAGAGAAUCAUCUACUAGAUAAUUUACAAUAAAAAAGAUUGGUUUUCAUUUGCAAAAACUAAAUUUGAAGCGCCACAUGACAUCAUUUAAUUAUAAUUGGAAAUAUGGUCCAGACUUAAAAAUUCCAAAAAUCAGAAUUUAACAUCAAUACUCUAUAUGAACUCAUUAUUUAAGAAAAAUGGGAAAGAACAUGUUUGGUUUAUCAUCCUUUAUAGCCGUAUAGGUAGAGUAAUCCGUCGUUAUUCAUGGACCCCGGUUGAGUUUGACCACCCUUAAAUAAUAACCCAUUUGUGUCAUUGUUGUAUACGAUAUUUAAAAAAAACUUUAUUUUUUCUGUUAAAUACUUAAUAGUAUAACAUUAUAAUAUUAUACCUAUAUUGCACUAAAAAAUAUACUGAUAACAAAAGCGAGUUAAACAUAAUAUUAUUAAAUACAGACUUACAUAGAGUCGUCGGUUCUUUCUGUUACGCUCGUAUUACCUUGAAUCUAGAUCAUAAUAAUAUAUAAUAUAGGCAACACGUCAACAUUUACAUAAUAUAUACGCCGCACCGCAAGAAUACAGAUCAAUAUUAUAUUAUAAUAGUAAUAAACCCAAUUCGCGGAAAGAGUGGUAGAGUGGUGGGCAUAGUAUAGUGUUGGAGUGAUGGUGGGGAGGGUAAAAGGGUUUUUUCCUCAAAGUGCAGGCAGGACAUAGGCCCCCGCCGAUUAUUGGAUUUAACGUUGUCGUCGUCGACGCCACUGGAGACGAGUGGUGAUCGGACCACGCUGGGUUCACGUCGGCCGUGAAAUAACCGUGGUGCGCUUGCCGAGUAAAUCGAAUUUGCAGAUCGGUGGCUCGCGUACGUGCGGGGCGCGGUGGGCAAGACCGAGCUGCAGCGCAUCUGUCGCGCGCGAAAACAUUAUUCCGUUAAGCGGAUAAUGAAAUGAAAUAAAAUAGAAAUAAAAAAAAAAAAAUGCCCCGUCGUAUGCACACAGGAAGAGGAGAUAUAGACUAUAGACGACGAGGACGACGAGGACGAGGAGUCGGUGGAGCCGGGGGCGAAGGGAUAAACUCGCACUAUACAUUUUAUUAUAAUAUAUAACAUGAGAGGAGCGGUGCUGGCCGAACUGUUGCUGCUGGGCAUCGCCGUCGGGUUCCAACGGGGUCCGCACCAUCCGAGGGCCGCCGUGUCUGGCGAACCGAGAAUCGAAAGCCACCACCGCGAGCACCAACACCCCAAGCCCAUGGGCGACACGAAGUUCACUCAAGACAAACCGAUACUGCACGACAAGAGACACAUUGAAGAGGAUCUUGGACUUCCAGACAUAGACGAUAGUAAUUUAACAGAUGAAGAAUUAGAAUUUAGAUAUUUCAUUGCUCAUGACUAUGAUAAAAACACAAUGCUUGAUGGAUUAGAACUAAUGUCUGCAUUUGCUCAUAACAUGGAAAAUUAUGGGGAUACGGAAACAAAAAUAUCAAAUUUAGAAAAUUAUACAGAUUUAGUUGAUCAAAUACUGUAUGAUGAUGAUACAAACUAUGAUGGAUUUCUCAGCUACACUGAAUAUGUGAUUGCCAAGAACAAGCAUUUACAAAAUGCAUAAAAUAUUAUAAUAUAUUACUUUCUUAAAAUGUAUUGUUUAUUGUAAGUUAAGUAUUAUUUCUAACAUAAAUUUUAAUAUACACGUUAUGUUUCUUUCAAUUACUAA